GAAAUGGGCGGUCCUGUCGGGUAAAAACCGAACUAUCGCGUAACAAUUAAACUUUCUUUAUAAACUGUGUUUGUGUUGCUGCAGAAUGCGCGACAGACACUCCAGCGUGUCUCACGAUGAGGCAGAGUCCUGGGUCUAAAUGUAAUGGCCAAAUUUCGGACAAGGUGGCGUCUGUCCAUCUUGCUGGUCCUCCUGCCAAAUUGUCUUGCUCCAGGUCCUCCUGCUGCUCCCUCUCUUCCUGACUGCUCCAUCCCAUGUGAUGAGAUAAACAAUUGUGCAGAUAUCCACUGUAGUUGGGAUGCGAGGCCGGAUCCUCAGAUCACCACCAACUACAGCCUGCACUGGAAGACAGCAGACAGAGAAGAAGGGCAUGUGAUCACUGGGCCCAGUUUUAGUGGGAUUAUCCAACGUGAACACUUCAGCCAUGGAGAACUUUGUGUGUGGGUCCAGGCUAAGAAUCAACAUGGUUCUGCCAAAUCUCAGGAGGCUGUGUUUGAUACAGCAAAUAUCAUGAAGCCGCCCCCUCCUACAGUCAGAUUGAGCCAUAAGGAUUCAUUAGAGAUUGACUGGAUUUCCACUUGUGAUGAGCUGCAUUUGUCUUUGGGAAAUUGUGAUGUCCGACAUCGGACAGAGACAAACCCAGUCUGGAAUGAGGUCAAGGAGAGAAUCCAUGGCUAUACACUUGACAAUCCCAAGCCCAACACAGUCUAUGAAUUUCAAGUUCGCUGUUCCUGUGUCACAGGCUUGCCGAGUGACUGGAGUGCAAUCAACAGAAUACGAAGCAAAGAGACGGCCCCUGUAGGAGAGCUGGAUGUAUGGAGGGACUGUGGGAUAUCCCAGGCAAGCUCUGACUGUUUUCUGACCUGGAAGAAGCUUCCUACAUCUCAGGCUUGCGGUCUCAUUCUGGGAUAUGAAGUCACACUGUCUCACAAUAACGGCACUGCUGUGUUGGUGAAUAUGUCCACAGCUGAGCCAAGGGGGCUAUUGUUGUGUGAUGAAAUGCAAUGCCACUCCACUUUAUCUUUAAAGGAUGUAUCAUCAGUCAGUGUGUCUGCAUACAACGCACGUGGUGCCACAGUGCCUUCUUAUCUGGCUAUGCCAAUACCAGGUAAAGAGAAAGACGAGCAAUCUAUUCACCUCGUGAUGAAUGAAGAGCACCUCAAUGUGUCCUGGGAUCUGCCCUCUCAGCUUUUAGAUAACCUGAAGGAAUAUGUGUUGCAAUACAAACAAGCAGGAAGUCCUCCAUGCCAAGGAUUUGAUUGGGUCAAAGUAAACAAAAGCCAAAGAACAGGAUAUUUUAAAGGUAAUUAUACAAAGUACACACCCUUCCAAGUAUCACUGUUCACAGUAUCUCACAGCAGUAAAGUUCAUCACCAAUCAUCAGUUAUUGGAUAUUCACUUCAAGGAACCCCUCCCAGUGUACCAUCAUUUAAGGUGUUUUCCAUUGCUGCCACUCAUGUGUACCUGUUUUGGGAGUCUGUUCCCCUCGCCAAGCAGAAGGGGAUGAUCCUGUAUUACCAAGUAGUAGUAGACAGUGGAGUAAACGGACAAAACGUGUACAAUGUGAGUGCAUCAUCACAGCAUGAAAGUGAGACUUUUAAGCUGCUGCAUCUCAGUCCAGGACAGGAGUAUGAGGUGCGGAUAAGAGCUGUGACUGCAGCCGGGCCUGGAGAAAAUGCCACUGCCAAGUUCAAAACAAAGCACCACGAAGAUUUCGCGCUCAUAAUAGCAAUCGUGGUUGGGAUCCUUUUUGUGGUUGUAAUAUGUGUUCUUCUUGCUUUUUGCAGUGCCAGUCGAGGAGAAAACAAAGUAUGUCCACUGGUGCCUCCUUUUUUCUAUGACAAAGUGCCAGAUGCGCGCAACAGCCACAUUUUCAGACACAUGAAGCACCAGACUAAUGACCCCUGGGCGUGGAUCUGCAUUCCGAUCUAUGAGCCACAUCCCAAGAUCUCUCUGUUGGAGGUUGUUGAAAUCCAGCCUUGGGCCUUUAAGUCCUCCUUGGAGAAAACCACCAACACUGACAGAUUAACUAGGCCAGUGGUUGGAGAUGGGUGCUUACAGAUGGACCACCAUGACAAUCAGAGGGAGGAAGCUGUCACAGAGGAGUGUCAUAGGACAGAUCACAGAUAUCGAAGAGAGGAGUACAGCAAAAUGGUUGACUCUGAUGAGGAUAGGGAGGAGGAGGAGAAAAGGGAAGAUUGUUGGAGCUCAAUAGAGGAAGAACAGUCAACGUUUGGUUACGAAAAGCACUUCAUGCCCACUGCUUUUGAAUUACUGGAAGUUUGAUGUUUUCACUAUGUUGGCUUUUGGACAUUCAUCUCAGAUAUGUGUUGUAUUUGUUUUUUUAUGUGCAGAAAAUGUUCAUUGUAGGAAUGUGAUUUUAGAUGAUGAUCGUCUGAACAGGCUUCCGUAGCCUCUCUCUGCAAGACCCAGGAAGGUGGAAUCGAGUCAUGGGAGAGCUUUAUAAAUCAAUAUAAAGUAUUUCAGGGUUUAUUUUUCACUGACAUUGACAGCAGCUGCUCAUAUACAUAAUCAUAUGUGUAAGUAUUUCAGAUGUUUGUAUGUUGGAAUGUUAGAAGUAUAAUACAGACAUUUAAAGGCAAAAACUUACUUCCAGAUGCACUUGGGAAUGUGUACAUUUGUAAGGCAGAAAAGCCAACAUAACCUAUUAAAGCUACAAGAAUUGUUGCUCUUUUGAACCCA